ACACUCGACGCUUACUUGUUGGAAUUUUUGUGGGGUUCUUUAUCCAUUCCUAUUGCCAUUGCAUACAUACAUAUAUACAUUUACCUAGGUAGCUAAGGUAGAGUUGACCAAGGCGCUUGCGUUUCGACAGCUUGCCAAGUGGGUUGGUGGGGAGGACACUAACAAUCGAAUGGAAAAGGAGGAAAUGAGGAUCCUAAGCGAUGAAAUACCAAAGUGCAUGGAAUGGAUGCGGGAAUGAGAUGGGCAUAGCAUUAGUCGGAGGUCAACCGGAAGCGAGACUGAUGCUUGGAUGCCAAAGAGAUAGAUUUAGUAAUGCUUUUAGAGAAAGGAAAAGAAAUGGCAAAAAGGCAACUUUCGGAUUUUUGUUCACGCAAGCUAGGAUGGGAUGUAUAAAAAGAAACAACAACAGACUUAGUACUAUAUUUGCCUUUCUCUGUCUCUGUCUCUUGUCUUGCCUCCCGCUCACUGAUGCAACUAUAUAUCCAUAACCCAUAACCACUCUAGAGAGAAAAACGUCCCCGCGGUUUUCCUAGAAAAUAGCUCUGACAAGAAUCAAUCGACCUG